AAUAGCUGAUCAUAGCAAUGGAGAUGUGGCUGUUGAUUCUUAUCAUCGUUACAAGGAAGACGUGAGUUCAUUGAAGCAAAUGGGACUGGAUGCCUAUAGAUUCUCCAUCUCUUGGCCGAGAUUAUUACCCAAGGGAAAGAUUAGUGAAGGUGUGAACAAGGACGGCCUCAGAUAUUAUAACAACCUCAUCAAUGAGCUUCUAUCCAAUGGCAUGCAGCCAUUCGUGACUCUCUUUCAUUGGGAUUGUCCCUUAGCACUUGAGAAGGAGUAUGGUGGUUUCUUAAGUCCUCAAAUCAUAAAGGACUAUUGGGACUAUGCAGAUCUUUGUUUUAGAGAAUUUGGUGAUCGAGUGAAGCAUUGGAUCACCUUUAACGAGCCAUAUUCCUACAGUACUUAUGGAUAUGCCUCAGGCUAUUUGGCUCCUGGUCGAUGCUCUAAAGAGGUGAGUGCAAGUUGCAUUCCUGGAAACUCUGCGACUGAACCCUAUAUGGUCUCUCACAACCAACUUCUGGCUCAUGCUGCUGCAGUAAAUCUGUAUAGGAAAAAGUACAAGAAGCCCCAGAAGGGAAAGAUAGGAAUCACCCUGGUGACAAACUGGAUGGUACCCUACUCCAGAAGCAAAUCUGACAUUGCUGCUGCUCAUCGAGCUAUUGACUUCACUCUUGGAUGGUUCAUGAACCCAUUGACCUAUGGUGAUUAUCCUGAUAGCAUGAGAGCUCUUGUUGGUGAUCGGCUACCAAAGUUCUCAAAGAAGCAGUCUCGUAUGGUGAAAGGAUCAUUGGACUUCCUUGGCUUUAAUUACUAUACUGCAAAUUAUGCAUCUGAUGCUCACUUGAGGAGCACUGGUUACUUAAGCUCCACGACUGAUUCUCGUGUUAAUCUAACAGUUUCAAGGAAUGGGACAUUGAUUGGUCCAGCGACUGAUUUUCCUUCAUUCUAUGUUUAUCCAAAGGGAAUUCGAGAAAUUUUGAUCUACAUAAAGGAAAAAUACAGAAAUCCCAUCAUUUUCAUUACUGAAAAUGGGUUUGGUGAGUCAAACAACAGCAGCCUACCCUUGCAAGAAGCUCUGAAGGAUGACAGGAGAAUUGACUUUUACCUUCGCCAUCUUUGGUAUCUUCGAAGAGCCAUCGAGAAUGGUGUGGAUGUGAGGGGAUACUUUGCAUGGUCAUUAUUGGACAACUUUGAAUGGGCCAACGGCUACACGAUGAGAUUUGGCAGUUAUUAUGUAGAUUACAAAGAUGGGUUGAAGAGAUACGCGAAGCAUUCGACCAUUUGGUUCAAGAAAUUCCUCAAGAACUAGACUUAUUGUUAAGUAAUCCCAUAUUAUCCACUCUACCUAAUUGAUUAAGGAGCUAGAUGGGAUGAUGUGCCUUGAUUGUUAAGUUAUUAAAAAGCUUAGUAGUCAAAUUCAAAUAGGGAACUAAAAGUUAGUAACAGUCUUGUUAGUGACAAUUUAAAUCAUGGUUUUGUAGCAAGUGCGAGGAAUGCGUGAAGCACUUCAAAAAGCCAAGCAAUUGGGGUUCACCACCAUUGUCAUUUGGAUUGAUUGUGAGUUGCCAAAAAACUUUUUGGAUUGAGAAAGAGAGGAGCAUUGACCUUGGGGUUUGUUCCCUUUU